GCAAAUACUUGGAUACUGCUUCUCAUAUCUGCAAUGUUGCAUAUUUGUAAUAUAUAUUUCUCCUCUUUGUGUGUGUGUUACUGUUCUGUUUUUUUGUGUGGUAAAUUUGUUAUUCACUUUGUUUUUUAAGCUCUAAUAUGUCCUGUCCGUGAUUUAACAUUUAUAACACUGAUGUUUUCAUUCAUCUGAAAACUGAUACUUUGAUAUGCUUGUUAUGUUGCCUAUAAUUGAAUUGUUAGUGUGUGUCCGUUUAUUUUCUUCUUCUCUUUUGUUAUCUCCUUGAAAUAGGAGAAAAAAAACAUUUUAAAGUUAGGCAGCUAGUUUUAGCUGUACAAAGUUCUCAAAGUGUUGGACGAAGAUUCUUUCAUCUUGCUUGUAGUUUGUGUUCAGAGAGCAUGGUGAGGUAGUAUUCGAUGAAUUUAAGGGUGGCUGCUUAGCGUUUUACUGGGUGAUUGUUAGACUUUUGUGGGGAUUAAUACCUUUUUAUCUGUGAUUUUUUUAGUAGAUUCAAAGAUAAAGACUUUCUAUGGUUUUUUAUUUGCUUCUAUUGGAGCUAAUAUAUAAACCACGUUUAGCUAAAGACAAAAGCUUAUUUAUUAGUUCAUUUACUGUUGUCAUUCUCACAACAACAUGCUUGGUGCUUUUUGUAGAAAUCUAGUGGUGAUUGACUAUAUUAUUUUCUAUCAAUUGGGGGUUACUCUUGGGUUUUAUGGUUUCAUAACCGCUCAACAUCUUUUGAAACUAAUAUGUGUGUGAUAAUCCCAUGGGGGCUUACUCUGGGGUUUUAUGGUUCUUUAACCACUCAUCAUCUUUUGAAACUAACGUAAGCUUCUUUUGAUGCUAGCUUCCUAAUUCCUAUUAGUUUCAUCAUUGUUGAUACAAAAAUUUAAUGUUUUGGCAGUUGUUUCCAGUGUAUGUUUGGAUUAUAUCCUUUCCCUGUCGGGUGAUUUCAUAACUCUAGGGAACUGUUCAUUUUUAUCCCUAACAUGUUUAGGGUGUGAGCUUGAGUGUCUUAUACAUGAAUUGCAGACGUUUUUGUUCGACUUAACGAUCUCAUGACUGGUACUUCAUGCUGGAUUCUGUUUGGUCAGUUCUUAGACCACUGCAUCUUGAUAUGACAGUUCAUAGCUAGGAGGUGCAUUAUGUCAUGGGGAGACACCAUGAAGGUUGGCUUUAUGAAUACCUCUUGUCUUAUGAAUGCCGUAAAGUGGGCGUAUACUAUUAUGAUCUCUGAAUUAAGAAGAAGUAAAGGUAGCUUCAUGGUCCUAUUUAUAUGGGGAAACUUAAAUCUCGCACUCUUGCCAACAUCUGAUUUGCGACUCUCAUUUAUUGGGGAUGAUGGGCGCACAGAGAGACUUUCAACCUUAAGUAAGGAUUCCCAGUGCUCUGAUGUAGCAAUUGAAGAAAUCCCAGUGGACAAGUCUGGACGGUCUUUUCUGCUAAAGAUCUCAGACGGUGAAGUUCUCUACUAUUGGUGCUCAGAGAAGUCGAAGCUCUUGGGUAUUGAGUUGCUUUCAAAGAUCAAGGAUUUCGUCAAGAGGAAGCCCUCUCUAGCUGAACUUACUGGAAUAAGUGAAUCACGGCUCCGCUGCUUUGCAACACAUCUCCGAGCUUACCUUGUUGGGUCGACAGUGACCACUCGAGCAAGUGCAGUUGCUUCACUGGCUUCUUCUCCAGAUACACUAGACUCUGAACUUUGUCAAACUGUUCAAUCCUCGUCAGCAUCGUUGACGUCUCUGCUUUCACAACAUUACAACAGUCAAGUAGCAAAGACAAGUUUACUCUGUCAGGGUGGCCCAAGUGCAAGCUCAAGUUCUUUUAAGGAGGGGCAGCCCAGAAACCUUUCCUUGAGAAGUGUUGAUAUAGGAAAGCUAAGACAACUUGGGGAUAUCCAGCUUUCAUGUGUUGACAACCCGGCUGUUGGUUUACCAAGUAUGAUGGAUGAAUCUAGUUCAAAUCAUUCUGAGAGAGGCAUGUUUGCAGAAGCUGCCGAAUCCUGCCUGUUUUCUCCUUUGAGUUUACUGGAGUCACUUGGCAAAUCUGCUGUGCCACCCUUAUUAAGGCCAGCUUCUCAAGUCCCUUCCAUUGGUGCAUCACGUCUCUCUCCCUAUUAUUGUUGGUGCCCUCCUGUUGCAUCCACUCUGCAAUGCACAGUAGUACCUCCACAGUUGCCUUUCUCGGCAACUGAAUCACCAUCAUUUUUACCACCGCUUUCUUCUUUGCUACCAGACACUGGGUGUUCUAGUGCGCUGAAGCCAAUGUCACCUCUUAAUUUGUCUGAUCUUCCGUGUAUGGAUUUCCCACCUUUCUUGCCUGAGCCACUGGUCAGGUUGCCGUUAUCUAGGCCAAUUUCACAACAUAUCCCAAUCUUCACUCCUUUAGUCUGCGACCCUAUUGUUCACAUUCCAGUUAUUGAUGUUUGCUCCUCUGGCCAAGGUUACCUGGUGAGUGCAGCUCCCGCCAUUUCAACCGCAAUCUCGCCAUUGCAUCCAAAACUCAUGAACCCAUUGAUCCCAGAAACUGAUUCUGUGGUUGAUAAGGGUGCAAGAGAGACACUGCGGCUUCUCAUCAGUAGUUCUAGCCAGACCAUUCCACCACUGAUGGAUGUAUUUCCAUCUGUUCUUACCAGUACUAAUGAGAAACCGAGUAUUUUUGUUACUGGAAGCCGAGGUCUUUACAGUGGAACCAGGGACGUGGAUGCCAUUUCGAACAGCAUUGCGGCCAUGGGGUUGGUUACCCUAUCUGAAGGGUCAAUAGGAGGCGCUGUUGUGAAGAGAUGCAUCAACCAAGGCAACCUGGUGGAUCAUUUAGAGAAACCAGGAGGCCCUGGAGGAACCUGUUCAGAUGACGAUGCUUCCAUUUUCACGAAUUUGAGGAAGGAAAGGACUGAUUGAAUGAAUGCCACAUUUGUAAUUUUGUUUCCCUUUUUUAGAUUCAUUUUUUUUGUUGUUUUGUUUUUGUUUCUGUAAGUAUAUAUGGCUGUAGCUUUGGCAUUGCGAGUUGCAAUCAUCUUGUAAAACUUUUGGCCGUUUAUGUGCAGUGUUCACCUUUGUUUGUUCUAA